AUGGCAAAGGAGGAAGACCUACUUGUGAAAAAAAACGUCAAAGACGUAACCGACCAUGUACCUAUUAGUUCUAGUGACCCUUCACUGUUACCCUCAAAUUCCAAACCCAAGGUACAGAAAACAGUAAGGACCAAAAAACCUGCAACUAAUCCUGCUACCAAACCAGACCCAGCUACCAAACCAAACCCAGCACCCAGACCAAACCCAGCUCCCAAACCAAACCCAACUACCAAACCAAAUCCAACUACCAAACCAAACCCAGCUCCCAGACCAGACCCAGCUACCAAACCAAACCCAACUACCAAACCAAACCCAGCUCCCAGACCAGACCCAGCUACCAAACCAAACCCAACGACCAAACCAAACCCAGCUCCCAGACCAAACCCAGCAACCAAACCGAACACAGCUAGGAAACCAAACCAAGCUCCCAGACCUAAUCCAGUAACCACUAAGGUAACGUCCACAAGCAGUUACUCCACCCUAAAUGCUGUGUUCAGCCUGGUUACAGAGGUUUCCAACUCUCUCGACGCAAAGAAUCAUGUCUCCGGUUUGUUCCUUGACCUUACCAAAGCUUUUGAUGUCGUUGACCACAACCUACUUCUAAAUAAGCUUGAAAUAUUGGGUAUCCGUGGAGUGGCUAUGGAUUGGAUGUCUUCUUAUGUUAAAGGACGGAGGCAAGUUGUAGAAGUCCCUUACAUUGAUUCCUCAGGCUGUUUGUGUAGUAGGAUAUCUGAUGAGCGUACUGUACAGGUGUGCCUCAGGGGUCCGUUCUUGGGCCCGUCCUUUUCUUAA